AUGGCGAUGAUGGCGAUGACGACGACGACGACGCCGACGACGCCGACGACGACGCCGCGGACGCCGCGCGCGCGCGCGGGACGACGACGGAGGACGCGCGCGACGCCCGCGCGGGCGAUCGGGCGCCGAGCGGUGGCGAUCGCGACGCCGCUCGCGGUGGGCGCGUUCGAGGCUCGCGCGCGAACGACGACGACGACGACGACGACGACGACGACGACGCGAGGGAAACGUCGGGUCGGGCGCGAGACCACGCUCGAGGAGCUCCGGUCGACGCUCGCGCGGGACGUCGGGGUGGAGGCGUACUUUGUCACGGGACGGUUGACGGAGGCGGCGUUCGCGGAGGAUUGUCGAUUCGUCGACCCGACGACGGAUGUGAAGGGAUUACGCCGGUACCUCGAUGCGCUCGGGGCGUUGUUUGACCCGCAGCGGAGCUCGGUGGAGCUCUUGGGGGAGCUCGAGGCGAGGGAGACGGCGGACGGGGGGGGGGAGAUUCGCGGGACGUACGCGUUGGAGGGAUAUUUGCGAUUGCCGUGGCGGCCAAAGGUGCCGAGAUACGAGGGGCGCAUCACGUGGACGGUGGCGCCGAACGAUGGGGGGGCGAACGCGGGGCUCAUCGUGGAGCAGCGGCAGACGUGGAGCGUGUCGGGAUUCGACGCGCUUCGCGAGACGUUUACGCCGAGUUUUUAA